AUGCUGUUUUUAUUCAAUGAUUCACGCAAACGCCGGAAGGGCGAGGCUACUAUAGACCCAGCUGCUUCUGUCCGUCCUCCUCCCUAUUCAUCAUUGAACACAUCGACGGCCCUGCAGCAGCAGCCACCAUGCGCACUUCGACUGGGUCCCCACUUGGACGCUAUUCCGCCAGCAUACAACGCCUCUACAGUUUCUCUACAUCCCAGCCCUGACCGGCAGGUAUACAGAUCUCGGCAGAGCUGGACUAAGUCCCAGACGCGGGUUGACAAUGUCUGUCCACCGCUGCGGACUGCCGACGAGGACUUGGAAGAGAAGAUCGACGACAAGUUAUGCGACCUGAUAUCGCUAAUUGACGAAGAAGCCUUCUGCGAUUCUCCAGAAGCCCUUGAAAUAUCGCUGGACGAGUUGCCUAACCAUGAUCAAGUUGAACUGAACAACUUAGGUCAAGAUGCAGCGAGAUCGCGGACGCCUCAACAAAAGUCCCGGACAGGGACGAGAUUUGGCCUACCAAGCCAGCAAGCUCGACCACAACAGCCUCAACAGCGGCAGGUGGACGUAUUCUCCAAGCUCGAUUUCUACAUGAACUCACGACUACCGGCGUCUCUGCCCCCUUUGCGCGUGUACAUGCCAACAUAUCCCCUCUUAUGUCUCGCAGCACAAUCCUCGUUAGACGCAUACUACUCGCCCCGGUCAGCCGCCGAGCGCAAGGAAUUCGUAUCGGCCGACGGUCGACUAGGCACGAAAGCGAUGGUAAUCAAAUCAAUCCCCUGCGACGACAGAAAGACGAUCGUGUUCGCGAUCCGCGGGACCAGUAUGCUCAGCAUCCGCGACUGGGGAGUCAACCUGAGCACAGAGCCGGUCUCGCCCUCCGGGUUUCUCGACGACGAGGGCAACCUGUGCCAUUCGGGGUUUCUGAAAACCGCCAAAGCAAUGGUACAACCUAUCGCCGCGAGGCUGCGCCAUCUUCUCGAGGAAGACCCCAGUCGGACCAGUUGCUCCCUCUUGAUCACUGGGCACAGCGCCGGCGGAGCUGUCGCGGCUUUGUUGUAUGCACAUAUGCUCGCCGAGACGGUACAGUCGGACCUCAACAUCCUGACGGGAUGCUUCAAAAGAGUCCAUUGCAUCACGUUCGGCGCGCCGCCUGUUAGUUUGUUGCCCUUACAAAAACCCGACUCUGCCGAUGGAAGACUGCGUAAAUGUCUGUUUCAUGCCUUUAUCAACGAGGGCGAUCCUGUUGCUCGCGCUGAAAAGCCCUAUGUCAAGAGCCUGGUUGAUCUACUGGCCAGUCCAGUUCCAACUUCUACUUCAACUUCCACCAACCCCGCCAAAAACAACAAGCCCUGCGAGAUCAAGGCUACUGUGUCGGCGCCAACUCCGCCUUUAACUUCGCUACUUGGGGUAUCAAUGUCUCGACUCGAUCUGUCAUUGAAUACGAACUUGAAGCCGAUAAAGAAACUCAAGUCGAAAGCCAACUUGAAAUCAGCGACACACAAGCUGUGGUGGGAAGUGCCGCCGGCGACCUUUUCCAAUGCCGGCCGUCAGGUUGUUCUGCGCGUGCCCAAGGGCGGCGAUGAAUCUGAUGUGACGGCCUCGGUCGUCCGGGACGAACAGCUUCGACAGGUCAUUUUCGGCGAUCCAACCGCCCAUUCUAUGGAGUUGUACGCCCGACGCAUCGAAGCGCUGGCUGUUAGGGCGGUUACGGGUCGCAACGGAACGUGUUGA